UAAGAGACAGUAGAGCGGAUCUGAUGAGUUAAGGGCGGAUCCUCCCUGGAGUCUAUUGCUACCUGGGUAGGUACACGAUGUUAAAGAUAAAGUGAACAGAGUUAGCGGAGGCACCACGCGCAUCACCACGGAGGCACAACGCGCGAAUUAAAGACAUUUUGGACACCGAGAAACACAGCAACUAGCAUCAUACAAAUGGGAUAAAGACGCUUGUCUGGGCUGACCUUCAGAUGCCUGUACGUGACUGAAGCCACUCUGGUCUCUGAAACAAUGUCAGGGCAGGGUGAGAGAAGCACUGCAUCUGAGAUGAGUCGCUCCAAGAAGCAUUCUGACACUGAAAGUGUCACAGAGAAGAGAUCAGUGUCACCUACACAGAGCUGUGUGUCCAUGAAGAGUGAUGACUCAAAAGACUUCAACCCACCCAACUUAAGAGAGGGAGAGCUGCCCUCUGAGCAAAGUGUCACAGAGAAGAGAUCAGUGUCACCUACACAGAGCUGUGUGUCCAUGAAGAGUGGUGACUCAAAAGACUUUGACCCCCCCAACUUCAGAGAGGGAGAGCUGCCCUCUGAGCAAAGUGUCACAGAGAAGAGAUCAGAGUCACCUACACAGAGCUGUGUGUCCAUGAGAAGUGAUGACUCAAAAGACUUCGAUCCCCCCAACUUCAGAGAGGGAGAGCUGCCCUCUGAGCAAAGUGUCACAGAGAAGAGAUCAGAGUCACCUACACAGAGCUGUGUGUCCAUGAAGAGUGGUGACUCAAAAGACUUUGACCCCCCCAACUUCAGAGAGGGAGAGCUGCCCUCUGAGCAAAGUAAACUGCUGACGAAGCACAGCAAUGUGCACAAGGAAACUCAUGAAGAUUUAUCCUCCAUCUUCUCUGAUCUUGAGAAAAAAGUAAUGUCAUUUAUGAAGCAUGAGUUGGAAAGAUUUAAGAAGCUUCUGAAGAAAGAAAGUACAAAAUACUAUGACAGUGAAGCAGACGACAACUACAGUGCCAGAGAGGGGGCUCUUGACAUCGCACUGCACUUCCUGAAGAAGAUGAACCACAAUGACCUUGCAGAUACUCUGGAGAGUAUAUUUGCGUUCGUAAAUAGACUUAAAUCACAUCUGAAGAAGAACUACGAAUUUGUAUCUGAAGGAAUAGCAGUGCCAGGGGACCGUAAACUCCUUGAAAAGAUUUACACAGACCUUUACAUCACAGAGGGCGGAAUUGGUGCAGUCAAUGAAGAACAUGAAGUGAGACAAAUUGAGAAAGCAGCUGGAAGUCCAGGAACACAAGAGAAACUGAUUGAGUGCAACAAUAUCUUUCAACUAUUACCUGGACAAGACAAGCCCAUUAGAACUGUGCUUACAAAGGGAGUUGCCGGUGUGGGAAAAUCCAUUUCUGUGCAGAAGUUCAUUCUGGACUGGGUAAAAGGAAUUGCAAAUGAAGACAUUGAGUUGAUUUUUCCACUUCCUUUCCGGGAGCUGAACUUGAAGAACGACAAAUACAGUUUCAUGGACAUUCUCCAUCAAUUUUUCCCUGACACGAAAGGAUUGAUGUUUACCAAAAAUAAGAAGUCCAAAGUCCUGUUUGUGUUUGAUGGCCUGGAUGAAUAUCGUCAUCCUCUUGAUUUCCAGAAAAAUGAGAUCUGGUCUGACAUGACCACACCAACCUCAGUGGAUGUUCUUCUAACAAACCUCAUCAAGGGUAAUCUGCUUCCCUCUGCUCUCAUAUGGAUAACUACUAGGCCAGCAGCAGCCAGUGGCAUCCCUCCUGACUGCAUUGACCAGGUGGCCGAGAUACGCGGGUUUAAUGAUACACAGAAAGAGAAGUACUUCAGAAAGAGAAUCACAGAUGUGAAACUGGCUGACAGAGUCAUAGAACACAUCAGACACAAAGAAUCAAGGAGCCUCUACAUCAUGUGCCACAUCCCAGUCUUCUGUUGGAUCGCAGCUACUGUUCUUCAAAGAAUAUUGGAGGAAACAGAGACUACAGCGGUCAAGGAGGCUAAAGAAGAAACAGAGGUCAAAGAGGCUAAAGAAGCUAAAGAUGCUACAGAGGUCAAAGAGGCUACAGAGAAAACAGCCAGUACUGACAGCAAACAGCAAACCUUGAAGACACUAACACAAAUGUACUCACACUUUCUGAUCUUUCAGACCAGACGAAAGACUGAGAAGUAUGGUGAGACAUAUGAUUUGGACACAAAGUGGGAUGAAAAGAGCAUUAUGGCCCUGGGACAUCUGGCUUUUAAAAACUUGUUACAAAACAAUCUGAUCUUCUGUGAAAGUGACCUGACAGCGUGUGGCAUUACUGUGAAGGAUGCAUCUGUGUACUCAGGAAUGUGCACACAGAUCUUUAAAGAAGACUCGGGGGUGUUUCUUGGCACUGCGUUCUGCUUUGUACAUCUGAGCAUCCAGGAGUUUUUUGCAGCUUUAUAUGCACACAUGUGUAUCGACAAACAACAAAGAAAUGUCUUUGACAACCAGGACGCAUCAUCGGAGAGAGAAAGUAACACAGUGAUUGGAUUGCUCAAGAAUGCAGUGGACAAGGCUUUGGAAAGUGACAGUGGACACUUAGACCUUUUUCUCCGCUUUCUUCUCGGUCUCUCACUGGAGUCCAAUCAGAAGCUCUUACAAGGUUUACUGACACAGGCAGACAUCUCACAGAGCAAAGAGGAAAUAGUCAGAUACAUCAAGGAGAAGUUCAAAGAGAAUACUUCUGCCGAGAGAUCCAUCAAUCUGUUCCACUGUCUAAAUGAGCUGAAUGACAAAUCUCUGGUGGAGGAGAUCCAAAACCACAUGAGGUCUGGAAGUCUCUCUAGCGCCCAGCUCUCCCCCGCUCAGUGGUCAGCUCUGGUCUUUGUGUUGCUGACAUCAGAAGAGCAGAUGGAAGAGUUUGACCUAAAAAAGUUCAUCAGGUCAGAUGAAUGUCUAAACAGACUCCUGCCAGUGGUCAAAACAGCCACAAAAGCAUUGUUGUCUGACUGUGAAUUAACAGAGAAGAGUUGCUUUGAUCUAGCCACAGUUCUCAGAUCAGAUCGGUCCAUUCUGAGAGAAUUGGAUCUGAGCAACAAUAAAAUACAGGAUUCAGGAGUGAAGCAGCUGACUGCUGGACUGGAGGAUACACAUUGUAAACUGGAGAAACUGAAGCUUAAUGACAGCAGUAUAACAGAAGAAGGCUGUGCUGAUUUGACUUCAGCUCUGACAUCGAACCUGUCACACCUGAUAGAGCUGAAUCUGAGUGGGAAUAAACUAGGAGACUCAGGAGUGAAGCAGAUAUCUGCUCUACUGAAAAAUUCAAAGUAUAAACUACAGAAACUGCUACUUUCUGACUGUGGUAUAACAGGAGAGGGAUAUGCAACUCUGACUUCAGCCCUCAAAUCAAACCCCUCACACCUGGUGGAGCUUGAUCUGAGAGGGAACGACCCUGGAGACUAUGGAGUGAAGCUCCUCACUGACUUACAGAAUGGACCAGCCUGUAAACUAAAUAUCAGGUGGCAACAUUUUUCCAAAUACACCUAA